AUGAGUACAAGGAAAUUAAAUAUGUUGACACCUGAACCAAUUCAUUUAUUAGAGGAAGGUGGUGAUAAUUCAGAAGAAUUUGUUGUUGAUGAGGGAUGCCAAGUGCAGCGAAUAUAUGUAGGGGAUGGUAGUAUAACUACCUCUGAUGAAGCAAAGUUCACGAUUUGGAAGGUUACUACAGAGUUGAUAGUUCACAAGGUUGAACCUGUUCGUGUUAGUAUCCCUCUUGAGAUUGUUUCUUAUAGAAGGUAUAGUGAAUUUGAUCAACUAAGGGCAGAGAUCAUUUCGAAAAUAGGAAAGAAUGUACAAGUGCCUGAGCUACCACCAAAGGUAUAUUGGUAUGACUACUGGAGAUUCAGUAAGAUCAAUUUAAAUAGACAUUGGUUGAAUAAAAGGAGACAAGGUUUGGACAAUUUCAUUAAUAAGAUAAUCAAGAACAAGGAUAUAAUGGAAUCUUGUGCUAAAGAGGUCAAUGAAUUCCUUGGGGUUUCAAGCGAUGUAUCCACAAGAACCAAUUCAGAAUGA